AUGUAUGUGAAAUGGUUUGAUACAGUAAUGUUUUACUAUGUUAUUUUAGUGAUUUUAGUGAAUGUCACUUUUUGUCAUUUUCAAAUUUCCGCCAGUUCCGUCCCCUGUACGUCCCGACACUCGCAGGGGACGGAACCCAGAUGACAGAUGCUGGCAUCCGCCGGGUUACAUUGCCGGAGACACUGCAGGGGGGAUAUCGCGGGAGCGCGGGAUCGAGGGAUCACGGAGCAACACCGCAUGGUAAGCCCGAGUGUAGCUUGGGGUUACCGCUUGUGCUACACUCGGGAAUACCGCCAGGGAGGGUA